AAUUUAAUUACCUGAUCCCUUCAAUGGAUUCACUAGACUCUAGUGUCAUUAUAGCUGGACAGAAGUUCUUUAUCCUACAAGGAGACAGGUCUCACUCACUUCAGUGGGAGAAAUAUGGAUUCAAAUUAGAGUGUCCUCAAGGAGCAGUGUCCAAGGAUACUGAAGUAGCUGUUACUGCACUAGCUGGUGGUAAUUUCAAGGUACCCAAAGGUACUGUGCUAGUGAGUGCAGUAUAUGCAAUAUCAGUAUCUAAGGCACUAUUAAAACCACUGGUAAUAGAGCUACAACAUUGUGUGGAUCUAAAGAACACUAGUCAGACUGGUUGCCUCAAGUUUGUGAGAGCUCCACUGAAGUCUCCCAAUGCUUACCAGUUCAGUAUAGUUGAAGGAGGAUCUUUUAGAGUUGGGAAAAGAUACGGAUCAAUAAAGCGUGAGCAGUUCUGUUGUAUGGGUAUUGUAGCUGAGAUGAGUAAUGGAGACACUCCUAGUGACAGUGAGAGUGAGGAAGGUUAUGAGACACCACCUGAAGGAUCAACUGAUGACACACAUAAUGAUAGUGGUAAUGGAGCAGGAGAGACUAGUGAGAGAACUGCCUCAACAAUAAAUACUGGACUAUCUCAAGAAUCAGUAACUGAUGACUCUAAUCAAAAAGUACAAGACGUUGAGUCUACUUCUGGUGCAUCUAAUGUUAGCAAUGAAUCAACUGAAGAUGAAGUGAAACAAAAACCAAAUGAAGACAAAGGAGUCACUCUACUGUACACUGGAAUGAUGUAUCAUAAAAAGAAAGAAGUUAAUCAAUGGAUGACUACAUUUUCUGUUGUUAGAGAUUUAGAAGUCCUUCAGCAAUAUUUAGAGAACAAACAUUCUAAAGCUGAACAAGAUGGACCAUUUGUCAUAUUCAAGUACAAUCAACCUGAUGGUAUCCUUCAGUUGUGUGUUCAGUUGGCUUGUGCUGAUCUCCUUAUAAGGAAAGGAGCUAGUAUUGACCAGCAGGCUAUAGAUGGUUCCACAGCAUUACACAGUGCAUCAGUAGUUGGCUCGGUCUCUUUCAUUCAGUUACUAUUAAUGAAUGGAGCUAAUCCUAAUGCUAGAGAUAAUGAUGGUAGGCUCCCAUUACACUGGGCCACUGCAUCACGCUCUGUUGAAGCACUGGAACUAUUGCUGAAGGAGUCUCAGUAUAAUGUUGAUGUCACUGAUGGUUCUGACAUGACUCCAUUGAUGUGGUCCUGUUAUAAUAAAAAUGAAUUAAUAGCUAAAAGACUAAUAGAACUGGGAGCUGACGUACACGAGAAAGACACUGAUGGAAGGACAGCAGCUCACUGGGCUGCUAAAAGGAGUGAUAUUAACAUGUUGAAGUUGAUCUUAAAACCUGACAUGACUUAUUUCAAGGAUGUUAAAGGUUGUACUGUAAUGCAUGUAUCAGCUCAUGAAGGUUUUCAAGCUGGUGUAGAAUACAUAAUGAGCCUCAGACCUGAGAGUGUCCAUGACACAGACAAAAUGGUAACUUACUAA